GCCGCCUUUAAACUCAAAUAAGAAGGAAACUUCAAAGAGGUUUGGCCCCCGGGCUCCGCCCUCGCGCACCCGGACAGCUUCACAAAGGAUUUGCCGACGUCCGGGAAUUCCGCCUCCAGUUCCUUUUAUAGCGACACUCGUGCGCUGGCGGCGCUCCAGAGCCCCGCCUCUCUUGGUUACUUUGACAACACAAAGGACUUCACGGAACUCGCAAGCGCCGCCCCCUUUCCAAAUAAGGCAAGGCUGCCCAUGUAGGGCAAACAAUCGGUGCGCGAUUGCCCUUUUCUCUUCCUUAUCCCGUUUAUAUGAUCGGAGAGGAACUGCGCUGCAGGUUGGAAGCAGUGCGAUCAUGGCCGAGCGAGUCCAGCAGCCUCCAGCCAAGCGGCUCUGCUGUCGGCCCGGCUACAACCCGGCAUGCAGGCAGGGGCAGCGGGCUGGAGGAGUCCUGUGUGGCGGCGCGGGGUCCGCUCCAGGAUCGUCGGGGAACGGGAAAACGCACAACCCCGAGUCGCUACUCGACAUCGCGGCUCGAAGAGUCGCGGAAAAGUGGCCGUUCCAGCGGGUGGAGGAGCGGUUCGAAAGGAUCCCGGAACCCGUCCAGCGGAGGAUCGUAUACUGGUCAUUCCCGAGAAGCGAGAAGGAGAUCUGUAUGUACUCGUCGUUCAACGCCGGAGCCGAGGAAAGUGGAUCUAGCGGGGACAAUAAUGACGAGACCCAGCUGCCGUUCCUCCGGGGUGUCACUCUGUUGGAGGGUGGCUGGGUGGACAACGUUUUACAAGUCGGUUUCCAUUUAAGCGGCACAGUGACGGACCCGGCCACCCCCUCGUCCCCUGAACUCGUCUGCAGCGUGAGCGUCAGCUUCGACCGCUGCAAGAUCACGGCGGUAACGUGCACCUGCGGCAACAAAGACAUCUUCUACUGCGCCCACGUGGUGGCGCUGUCACUUUACCGAGUACGCAAGCCGGAGCAGGUCAAGCUCCACCUGCCCAUCUCGGAAACGCUCUUCCAGAUGAGCAGAGACCAGCUGCAGAAAUUCGUCCAGUAUUUGAUCUCGGUCCACCACACUGAAGUACUGCCCACCGCGCAGAAGUUGGCGGACGAGAUUCUGUCGCAGAACUCUGAGAUCAACCAGGUUCACGGGGCGCCGGACCCCACGGCAGGAGCCAGUGUGGACGAUGAAAACUGUUGGCAUCUGGACGAGGAGCAGGUCCAGGAGCAGGUCAAGCUGUUCCUGUCCCAGGGAGGAUACCACGGCUCGGGCAAGCAGCUCAACCUGCUCUUCAGCAAGGUGCGGGAGAUGCUGAAGAUGCGUGACUCCAACGGAGCGAGAAUGUUAACACUGAUCACAGAGCAGUUCAUGGCAGACCCACGACUGGCACUGUGGAGACAGCAAGGCACCACCAUGACCGACAAGUACAGACAGCUCUGGGACGAGCUUGGUGCCCUGUGGAUGUGCAUCGUACUGAACCCCCAUUGCAAGGCUGAGCAGAAGUCAUCAUGGCUGCGCCAGCUGCGCAGAUGGAACAGUGUGGACGUCUGCCCCUGGGAGGAUGGAAACCACGGCAACGAGCUGCCCAACCUCACCCACUCACUGCCUCAGGGCGCCCACGGAAACCAAGAGAUGCGACCCCACAGGACUGUGUUCACGCGAGCCAUCGAGGCCUGCGACCUGCACUGGCAGGACCGGCACCUUCAGCACAUUAUCGCCAGUGACCUUUAUGCCAACUACUGUUACCAUGAUAACCAGGAGGGAUCCCUCUUCGACUCACGCGGCUGGCCCCUGUGGCACGAACAUGUUCCCACGGCAUGUGCGAGGGUGGACGCCCUGCGUUCACACGGUUACCCCAGAGAAGCUCUUCGACUGGCUAUCGCGGUGGUAAACACAUUACGGCGGCAACAGCAGAGGCAACUUGAGCACUUCCGACGGCACAAGAAAGAGUUGCUCCAUAAAGGCCACACCUCUAUUACGAACAUGGAGGGCUGGGUGGGACAUCCACUGGACCCCAUCGGAACACUGUUCAGCACCCUGACAGAGUCGGGGCGAGGCGGUGACGAGGGUUUGAACACCUGCUUAGACCUCUCAGACUGCUCCAGCGUAGUGAGUCGCUCUGACCUCCAGCGGAUGCCGGUGCAGCGAUUGCUAGGAGACGGGGAAUCGUACGUGGCGCUGGCGGUGGAGACGGCUCUGAUCGGUUUGGGCCAGCAGCGGGUGAUGCCCGACGGGUUGUACGCUCAAGAGAAGGUGUGUCGCAACGAGGAGCAGCUACUGGCCAAGCUGCAAGAAGUGGAACUGGACGACACCCUGGUCAAAAUCUUCCGAAAACAAGCCGUCUUCCUACUGGAGGCUGGUCCCUACUCUGGUCUGGGGGAGAUCGUCCACAGGGAGAGUGUUCCCAUGCACACCUUCGCCCGCUAUCUCUUCACCUCGCUCCUACCUCAUGACGCUGAACUGGCGUACAAAAUUGCACUGAGAGCCAUGCGGUUGCCGGUGUUGGAGUCGACGGCCUCGUCUGGUGACCUGUCACGACCUCACCACAUCGUGUCUGUGGUACCCAACCGCUACCCGCGCUGGUUCACUCUGAGUCACAUCGAGUCUCAGCAGUGCGAACUGGCCUCCACCAUGCUGACGGCAGCCAAAGGCGACAGCCGCAGGUUGGAGACCGUGCUGGAGUCCAUCCAGAAGAACAUUCACUCGUCGUCUCACAUCUUCAAACUGGCACAGGAUGCGUUCAAGAUCGCCACGCUGAUGGACAGCCUGCCUGACAUCACACUUCUCAAAGUGUCUCUGGAGCUGGGACUGCAGGUGAUGAGAAUAACUCUGUCCACGUUAAACUGGAGGAGGAGAGAGAUGGUGCGCUGGUUAGUCACAUGUGCCACUGAAGUCGGAGUGUACGCGCUGGACAGCAUCAUGCAGAGCUGGUUCACCCUCUUCACCCCCACGGAAGCCACCAGUAUCGUGGCCACCACCGUCAUGUCCAACAGCACUAUCGUCCGCCUGCACCUGGACUGCCACCAGCAGGAGAACCUGGCAUCAUCCGCCCGCACCCUCGCCCUGCAAUGCGCCAUGAAGGACCCCCAGAACUGCGCCCUCUCCGCUCUCACCCUCUGUGAAAAGGACCACAUUGCCUUCGAGACAGCUUACCAGAUUGUGCUGGACGCAGCGGCGACGGGGAUGAGCUACACGCAGCUGUUCACCAUCGCCCGCUACAUGGAGCACCGCGGCUACCCCAUGAGAGCCUACAAGCUGGCCACGCUAGCCAUGGCUCACCUGAAUCUCAGUUACAACCAGGACACGCACCCGGCCAUCAACGACGUGCUGUGGGCCUGCGCGCUCAGCCACUCCCUGGGGAAGAACGAGCUGGCCGCCGUCAUCCCCCUGGUGGUGAAGAGCGUCAAGUGUGCCACCGUGCUGUCUGACAUUUUGCGGCGGUGCACGUUGACCACGCCGGGCAUGGUGUCGGCGCUGCACAGCCGCAGGAACUCGGGGAAGCUGAUGUCGCUGGACAAAGCGCCGCUCAGGCAGCUGCUGGACGCAACCAUCGGGGCCUACAUCAACACCACGCACUCUCGGCUCACGCACAUCAGCCCGCGCCACUACAGCGAGUUCAUCGAGUUCCUGGGCAAAGCCCGGGAGACGUUCAUGAUGGCUCACGACGGACACAUUCAGUUCACGCAGUUCAUAGACAACCUGAAACAGAUCUACAAGGGCAAAAAGAAACUAAUGAUGCUGGUGAGGGAGCGCUUCGGCUGAACGUGGGGGGAGGGGGCGCCCUAAAAAGCCACGCUCCCUACUCUAGUGCUUUUUCUAUUAACUUGAGUCUGCCUUUUGAACUUCUUUUGGACUAAUAGACAAGUAAAAAGAGGGAUGUGACUUGUAGAAUGAAGCGAAAAAGAGAAAAGAAAAAACCCACAGAGCCACAUGCGGUAUUAUUGUUCUUGCUGUUGUUAUUGUUAUAAACAUUAUUACUAUUAUUAUUAAUAUUAUUACUACUAUGUGUACAGAAGUGUUUUUAUUUUUCAGAAGAGAGGAAAUUUGUCACGUUGUGAAUGUUUGUGUAUUUCUCUACAUGUGUGUGAAAGGUAAAUGAAAAAGUGAAAUGGCUUUUUUUAUAUUUUGUUUUCUUAUGAUUCUUAUGAUUUUGUCAUUUUGCCCCCCCUUUUUUUUUUUACACUGAGUUGUAUGUCGUGGCUGAAGCCCUCCAGUUUUUGACCAUCCAUUGAUCAAUUCAGAACCAGAAUAUGGCGGCGUGAAACAAAUAGAAAGCUGACGGUUGUUCUUUUUUUGGGCUUUUGUUUUGUAUAUGUUUUUUUUAAUCAAAAACAGUUUAGGGUCCACUACUCGAUAUCGUAUGUGUUUAUUUUAACCAAAGGAAAGUGGACUUCUUGAGUGCGCUGCAUUCAAAGAGACAAUUUUGAAUCAGAAAGUGUUUAAUAGCAAUGGUUUUUAUCUUUUCUUUUAAAUACUGAAACACUUUUUUUCUUAUUUUAGCUAAGCGACUGCGAUGGAAAAGUGAAUCUAAAAAUGAAUCUAAUAAUAUAUGUAACGUAAUAUAUCUAACAGAAAAACAUAUAUAUACAACGUGAACGAAACACCAAUUCGAUGAUGAAAACAUACAAAUGUAGUCACCGAAGAUGACGGAAAAAACGUGUUGAAAAUUAAAUAUAAUCAAAUAAAUACUGUGAUAGGGAAAAACAUAAACAAAAUGUCCUUAAAUGCGACACCCUUAACUUCCAAAUACGUGAUUCUUCUGUCCCUUUGAAUGCAGCAUUUGUACUUUCAAGGCACCAAGAAGUCCUUGUUUUCUUUUUUUCCACAAACGGAUCAGCUCAUUAUUUGCUUCAUGGCCGAUUGUGAAGAACUUUGGUUCUCAAUUGAAUUGAAGGAAUGAUGCACCGACAUCUUGGACAAACACGCUCAUUGACAACGACAACGAAAAUAGCGUCUCAGCAUCCUCAAAGAGAAACUAAAGGCUUUAAACCUCACAGAGCACCUCCCCUUCCGGUCCAGGCCUCCCGCCCCCCACCUCCCCCUCCGGCCCGCACAGCCCGGCUCGGGUCAGCACUGACAGAAAAGCCGCGAGCAGCCGAUCUCCACGCAGCACUUGAGCAAGCAUUAGUUCUCUCUGGGUUACGGGAAGUAGCUGACCGCAGCAAUGCUCUGAGCGAAAUAUUGUAUUAUGACCCUUAUUCCUAAAUCGGACACCCAGAGGGAGACCACUACCUCAUGUAUUCAACAUGAUCCGGACUACCGUGAGCACCCGUGAUGGCCGGCAGUAUUAAUGACUCGGCACAUUCACUCCCAUUCAGACGGUACUUAAAUCCCACAAUCUUCGCAUCAUCCCUGAACAGGCCAGUGUCAUUUCCCUCUGUGCAUGUGAACCAUAGAAAUUAGACUUUUCUACUGUUAUAUAUGUGGAACCUUCAGUAAUUGUCAACCAGAACGUUCUCAGGGAUUUCUCUCCACAAGAAAAAAAGACAAAACAAGGCAGAACAAACGAACGACGAGAAGGAAAAGAAAAGAUCGAGGACACAACAUGCAUUUAUUGUACUCUGUAUAUAUGCCAUAGUAUAUGUCUGAAUAUGGAGGAUCUGAAAGUAUAUGUUAACUAAUUUAUACAGAGUAUUCUAUGUAAUGUGAAAUACUUGAAGCCGCUGUAGUCCGCUCUCUCUCGCUCUCUUUUCUUCUUUCUUUCUUCACAUUGGAAACAUAUCAGAUGACUCUUUCUGUUUGACAUAUUUGAGACGCUGGAUCCCAUCCGAGUCUAAAACAGUUCCAGCUCCACAGUGUCUCCUCUGUAGUGACCUUUGCCUUGUUUGAUACGUGAUAUAUAUGUAUAUAUAUGUAUAUAUAUAUAUAUACAUAUAUAUAUACAUGUUUCUGAUUUACUUUCUGUGCGACUUUCGUUUGUUUGUUAAAGAUGAAAGCAGCCUUUUUCCUCUUGCCUUGUCUUAACGCUUUAAAGUAACCAAACAGGAGAUCUGUCUAACAACCAAACGCGUUCUAAGAGGUGAGAGACGACCCACCUUGGUCCCAGCUUUAGUGUCCUUAAUUAGUAAGUGAAUGGCUGUGUAACUCAUGCUUUAACCACAAGCAACAAUUCCUCACGUGUGUUUGGUGGAAAUACUAUGUUGUCCAGUGUCUCAUGUUCUCUUCAGAUACAAUUUCCUCUGAGUCUUUUUAGCUGUUUGGUUUUUUUCUGUUUGUUUUUACUUUUUGAAUUUCAGUUUCUUUUUGUUUUUUUGUUCGUGUAGGAAGAUUCCCGCCCUUUUUAUUUAUUACAAUGACCCAUGUAUACAUGCUUAUGAAAUUAAGAUUUGAUACACCGAUAUCAAUUUAUUUAUGUAACUAAAUCACUGUUUUAUAAUCUUGUUAAUGAGUCAAUUGAUUUUUUUUUUCCUUUUAUUUUUGUUUUAAUAAAAGUUAGUUUUUUGAAAUGUU